AUGGGCAAAGCUGGAGCUAAGAAGAAGCUCCCCAACGCUCCUCUCGGGGAGAAAAAGAAGAAAGCUGCCAAGAACCCGCUGUUCGAAAAGGCUCCGCGAAAUUUCCGUCUCGGCGGCGACAUUCAGCCGAAGAGAAACCUAAACAGGUUCGUGCGCUGGCCCAAGUUCGUCCGACUUCAGAGGAUGAAGCGCGUGAUGCUCAUGCGUCUUAAGGUGCCACCAGCGAUCAAUCAGUUUAAUUUGGCGAUCGACAAGAACCAGGCCGCCCAGCUCUUCAAGCUGAUGAAGAAGUACAUGCCAGAGACGUCUGAGGAGAAGAAAGCGCGCCUGAUGGAGAUGGCACAGCAGAAGAAGGACGGCCAGGAGGUGAAGACAAAGAAGCCCCAGGUCAUCAAGUACGGGCUGAACCACGUGACGACCCUGAUCGAGCAGAAGCAGGCCAAGCUGGUGGCCAUAGCCCACGACGUGGACCCCAUCGAGCUCGUCGUCUGGCUUCCGGCGCUCUGCCGCAAGAAGGAGGUGCCCUACUGCAUCGUCAAGGGCAAGAGCCGCCUGGGCCAGCUCGUGCACAAGAAGGCCGCGGCGUGCGUGGCGCUGACCUCCGUGAACAAUGAGGACAAGAAGGAGCUCGAGACCCUGGCUGGUAACUUCAAAGGCCAGUUCAACGACAACGCUGAGCACCGCCGUCGGUGGGGCGGAGGCAUCAUGGGCAUCAAGUCGCAGCACGUCAUGCAGCGCCGCGAGAAGGCAAUCCAGAUGGAGCAGGCAAAGAAGCUCGGGCUGCAGAUUGCGUGA